CAGCCUCUGGAAGACAGCUUAAUUGCCUUCCGCACCCGAUCCAAGAGACCCCUGAAGGACGUGCCCCUCGGUCAACUGGAGGCCGAGCUUCGGGCUCCGGACAUCACUCCGGACAUGUACGACCCCAAUACGGCGGACGAUGAAGACUGGAAGCGGUGGCUGGGCGGGCUGAUGAAUGACGACGUGGAAAACGAAGAUGAAGCCGAUGAUGACGAUGAUCCCGAAUAUAAUUUUUUGGAAGAUCUGGAUGAACCCGACACGGAGGACUUCAGAAACGACCGUGCCGUCAGAAUCACAAAGAAAGAAGUGAACGAGCUGAUGGAGGAGCUGUUUGAAACGUUUCAGGAUGAAAUCGGCUUCCCCAACGUGGAGGAUGAUGGAAUGGAGGACGAAGAGGGCACAGCGGAGGCCCGGCCCAAUUUUAAUACCCCUCAGGUGCUCAGAACGAGUUGGAAAGCUUCGCCAAGAGCUCCCUCCUCCUCAGCCAGCCUUCCAGCCCCGGGUUCCAGACCUCCUUCCAGCCUUUCAACUUGAAGGAAUCUCUGCGGCUGAUCAAGGAUUUCCACGCUCAUGUCAAGAUCGAGUGGAGUCCCCGCAAAGCCGUCAAAAAGAACACUUGUUGGCGCUGGGGCUCAAGCACUUCGAAGGCACGGAUUUCCCCAAGCCCCUCAUCAGUAAGUACCUUCUGACCACCAAGACGGCCCACCAGCUGACGGGACGAAUCAAGAACCGGAAUAUGAACCGUGUCCCCGACAACAUUAUCCGGUAUUAUAAAACCACAAAGCAACUUCCGGUUUUGCCCCAUCUUUGCGAGGAAGUUCAACCCGGAGAUUGGAAGCCGCCUGUGGAACAGGAAGAACAACGCUUGCCCUUCUGGUUAAAGGCCAGCAUGCCCUCCAUCCAAGAGACCAUAGAGCAGCAGCGCGCUAAAGCAGCCUCCCAGGGCCCCGACGCGGAUCCCAAGGCGGGAAGCCAGGCGGCCGAUCCCACCAACCCCGAAGCCCCUCUGCACAUGCCCGAGGGCCUCCAGCUCAUCCUGAGACCUCUGAGCAGCCGCUUCUGCCGCCGGAUUUGGCGAUGGCAACGUCCGGCUGCUGGCAAACCUUUCCUGGUUCAACCGAGUCUUUGCUUGCCCCCGGCCGGGACGGGCGGCUUCAUCAAAAUGAGCGCCAAGCAGCCCCUGCCUGCCGCGGUCCCCAGCAAAUUGGCAACUCGCGUCUCCCCUUUGUCCCAACCCGCCUCGCAGCCCCACCUGAAUCUGCCCUCCACCCUGAGCCAGGGUGCCCCUUAUGAGCUUCAAGGGGUCCUCCCCGCUCGGCCCUCGCCCCUCCGUAUGCGUUUGGCCCCCGCGGUGCCCGCAAACGUGGUCUCCUCCCUCCCCGUUGCUUUCCACCCCAAAAUGAUCCUCCCGGCUCUGCCCGCCAACCACGCCCGGAAGUCUCCCCUGCCGAGGGGGUACCAGAAAAAGAAGGCGCCCAAAGUCGCUCCUUUGCUGAAGGCCGCCCCGUUGCUUCAUCCGACCCCCGUCAUCUUCACCGUUCCUGCCGGGACGGUCAAAGUCUUGGGCAUCGCCAAUAGCUGCAACGUGCUGCAGCCGCUUUCCGCCACCCGGGCGGUUUCGGCCCCGCAGCCCAUCCCCAUCACCACGCUGCUGGUCAACCCCGCCCCCUUCUCCUGCCCGCUCAGCCAGCCCUUGGCAGCUUCUCCCGCCCUUCCCUUGGUGGUCGCUUCCAAUUCAAGCCCUACCACGCCGUCCGCACUGGUCAAAGAUUCGGAUAAGUCCACUUCACCGCUCAACGUGGCGUCCGCUGGGGACGCACCAGAGCCCAAAACGGGCCCAGAGGAAGCACCCAGAGGCCCGUGGUCGUCCGAUCUUAACUCUGCGGUCCGAACAGAACCUCCCACUCAGGGUUACGUGGAGGCGGCCGAGGUUUUAGCCCCUGCUCCCUUCUCCCCGACGGCGGAGUUAGGAGGCCUGGUCAAGGUAGAUUUGGAAGCGUCAAAAGAGACAUCGUCGUUAGACGCAGCCGCUGCCCCCCCAAUUCCAACCCCGGAGAAUUCUCCGAUGAAGGAAGAGCUGAUUUUGGACCUCGGGGAAGGCCUGGAGGUCGAGACGACCUCGGGGGUCAGGAAGGAGCCGGAAGACGUCCAGAAGGAACCCGGCUGCGAGGAGGAGGAGGAGGAGGAAGAAGAGGAGACCGACAACUCAACUGGCAAUUCAACUGGCCCACAAGUGGCAACUGCAACAGACGAAGGACGUCGCGCUUCUCCCACUAACCUUGGCGGCCGCAGCCCCGCGUUGGACACCGGCAGCUCCUUGGGAAAGGCGGAGGAAAUGGGGAACCAGCCCGAAGGGGCGGCGACGGCUGGCCAGGAGGGAGGAGGAGGAGGAGGAGGAGGCGAGAAAGACGGGAUGGAAGAAGAGGAAGAGGAGGAUUUUGAUGAUUACAUCCAGGAUGAGGAAGACGAGAUGUCCUCAGCUUCCGAGGAAUCGGUGCUCUCGGUGCCAGAACUACAGGUAAGACCAGGGAGGGGCUCCCUGAAUUGCCUUGACCCUUACCUUGGAUCUUUAAGAAGGGACUGGAAUGGGAUAAGGCUUCCUGUUGACCUCUACGCCCGGCUACGGGUCAUCCUCCAAGAUUGGCCUCAACUCUUGACCGAUUUCGCCGCCUUCCUGUUGCCCGAGCAAGCGCUGGAGUGCGGGCUGUUUGAGGAGCAACAGGCCUUCGAGAAGAGCCGGACAUUCCUUCGGCGGUUGGAGAUCUGCUUUGCCGAAAACCCGUCCCACCACCAGAAGAUCAUCAAGGUGCUGCAGAACUGUGCGGACUGCGUACCCCAAGAGAUCAUGGAACUGAAGAACCAGAUGUGGCAGCUGCUGAAAGGACACGAUCAUCUCCAGGACGAGUUCUCCGUCUUCUUCGAUCACCUGCGCCCUUCGGCCAGCCGCCUGGGGGAUUUCGAAGAAAUCAAUUGGACAGAGGAGAAGGAAUACGAGUUUGACGGGUUCGAGGAAGUCUCGCUGCCCGACAUGGAGGAAGACGAGGAGCCCCCCAAAAUCCACGCCGCCUCGAAGAACAAGAGACGGAAGGAGCUGGGGAGCCAGCAAGCUGAGAAGGUGAAAAUCCAGCCCCCCCUCUUUGUUUCCAAAGCCCCCAACAUAGCAAGGAACGUUGCAUAGAUGCCUUCACAGUUGGGAGUCCACAUCAUCCUAGCUUUGAGCCAUGGGGGGGGGGGAGGUUUUGGGUCUGGAAGAGUCUCUGUGUCUUUUGCUGGCCCAACUGGGCUGGUUGUCGCCCUGAGCACCUUGUUCU